AUGUCUGAUCAGAGUGGCAGUCAGAACGGGUCAGAGGAACAGGUGCAGAUGAGUGAGGGCUCAGAUCCCUCUAGCACUUAUGAUGAUGGAAGCAGGAGCACUCCAAGCAACUUGCCAAAGGCAGCAACCAGAUCCAGGAAGAAGAGAACCUCAGAAUCUGAGGAUGAGGAUUAUAUUGCCAUUGAGGAGGAAGUAAGCUCCAAAAAGAUGGUGCUGAAAAAGGAAUAUGGCACAGCUGCUGCAACUAAGCCAGGAAUGAAAACAAAGGCACCAGCAAGGAGAAUUCCUAUGUCAAAGCCAAGGAGGGUGGCAACAGGAGAAACAAUGAAAUUCACUAUAGAAUCUGAUGAAGAGGGCGUGGUCGCGGCUGUGCCCCUGGGGAGGCGACCAGGUCUUCCUCCCGCUAGAGGGUGGCGGCGGUCAAAGAAGAGCCGGACGCCCAAGGUGAAGGCCACGCUAGAGGUAGAGGCACCGGCCGGGGCCGCGAUCGCCGAGGUGGUCGAGGCAGAGGGGGCGUGGACGGGGGACUCCCGCGUCGUCACCAUCUCUGUCGCCAUCUCCCCCGGCAUCUCCUCCUGCUUCGUCGAGCGGUCAGGUCGGGGAUUCGGCGCUGGAAUUUAUCCUGCAACUGUGCGGGCCGCCGCGCAGCCGCCUUCGUCUUCCCGAAACAAAACCUUCGCACGUGCCCUUUGCUUGAUGGAUGGGAACGUCCUCUACUUCAAGCUAGCGGAGAGCGACCUGCUCUCCAUCAAGGUCUUCGGGCGCUCGGGACACAUGCUAGGGUACUGCGCCGAGAGCUCGACCGAUGGUGAAAGCUCCUCUUCGGGCGAGAGUGACGAGGAGGACACCGACAGCGACGACGAGGGUAGCGGGCGGGAGGAUGACGGGUCUGACUAG